AGCGCCCCACGACUGGACGACGUGUGUGCUCCGGACGUGAACCAUGAGGUUGUUAGCGAUCGCUGCAACGGCGCUAAUCGGCCUGUGCAGUCUGCACGUUGCGGUGGGUCAGGAUAUCCCAGGCCCGUGUGCAAUCGGUGUAAAGUGUGACAACGGAGGCACCUGCAAUCCUAGUCCUAAUCCACUGGCCCCUUCUUACUUCAACUGCACGUGUCCAAGUUUAUACAACGGUACCCAUUGUGAAAAUCCUCUAUGUGCAGACCCCGGCACUCCAGUCAAUGGCACACGCACACCGGCCAUGACGGGAAGCCUGACGCGGUUCACCAACGGCUCGCUGCUGCACUACGCAUGCCUCGCUGGAUUCCGUCUGGACAACGCCGCUGACCUUAUCUGCAGCAACACUGCUUGGUACCACGCUGUCAAUGGCAUGGCCAGCACACUGGCCACCGGUGGAUAUCCGAAAUGCAUGCCUGUGUUCUGCGACUACCCGCCGGCCGUGAGCACGGGAGGAUCGCUGAGUCCGUCCGGCCCUGCUCGGCUGCCGUACAACGCCGUGGUAACGGUGCAGUGCAACACUGGCUAUGCGCAGGCGGGCAGCACUACACGACGCUGCGCGGCUGACGGCAACCUGACGGGCACGGUACAGGCAUGCCAGUUGAUCCAGUGCUCUGUUCCCGCCACGCCAAGUCAUGGUUCACUCACACCGCAGGCCUCCAAAAUACCGUACAACUCCACCGUCACAGCAGUGUGUGAUAGUGGCUAUCAGUUGAGCAGUGGGAAUGCGGUGCGGCGAUGUAUGGCUAAUGGUCAGCUGAGUGGAAGUGCUGCUAGUUGUACAGAUUACUGCAAGAGCAAUACUUGCCCUGCAUCGGCGUCUUCCGGUAACCAAUCCUGGACUGACUGCUGCAAGUUUGCUGAUGACUCUAUCCAGUGCUGUCAGCCAGGUGUACAGAAUGUGUUAGAUGACCGCUAUCGGAACAUCACCAACCCAACGUGCAGGGCCGACCUGGCCAAGCCGCAGCUCUUCCGUCCAUGCGUUGGCGAUCUGAUCACGUGCCUGAGCCGGCAGGCCAAUUAUGUUCAGCCCCGCUGCCCAGAUAUCCAUGGCUGCUCGAAGUGGCGCAAUGCUCAAACUCAGUGCCAGGCUCUUUUCGGUAUCAGUGCCCUCUUUUGCACAUCUACAGCGUUUGAGAAAGACCAUGCCUUCAACACAACGUUCUGCCUGCCACCAUCUUGCAGUAACAACCUGAAGGACUUGGCGGUGUCGGACUACUUGAUGAACUGUGAUGUCGCCACCAAGAUCGGUGGACAAAGCAAAUGCCCCAUUUUUCGCGUCGAGAUUGUAUGUCCCGAUGGCAAUGGAACGUAUGAUACGGGCGGCAACAACCCACCUACCCCGAAUGAUAGCGGUGGCGUGAAGCCGGGCAUCAUUGCCCUUGUCAUUAUCCUCGUGAUGCUGGGAAUACUGGCUCUGGUUGCCGUCAUCGUUAUCUUCUAUCGCAAGGGCAAGCGCAACAUGGACAGUACCGACUUUGCUAGGCUCAGCAAUGCCGAUGAUGAUGAUGACGACGAUGACACAGGCAAUCCCACAAUAAAUGCGGACGUGUGAUAUGACGUCCACUGACUUGAUCAACGUCUCAAUACUACAUACUGUAUCUCCUUUCACUGUGACCCUGCUCUACUUCUCCAGCCUUAUAAACUGGUCACAAUUCGCAUUGGGCUCGGACUGAUUUCAUUAUCCGUGCGAGGGCCAUCUCUUUCAACGAGACUAAGAGCUGGCAAACAGUCCAGUUACAGACAUCGCCUGUAGAGAUGUUGGCACAGAUGUUUGUAUCUAUCAAGUCCGGUCAAUGAUAUCUCUCUUUCUUCUUCUUUUUUUUUGUGCUUUGUCACUUCACACUUAAUUAACCAGUACAGCAACCAUGCAGGCAAAGUUGUUUUGCUUGUGCUUUACAAAAAUUAUCAUUGUGGCACGAGAAAGAGCGGAAACAAUUAUUAUAGUACAUGUGCCGAAACUUUAUCAGAGCUAACUACUUUUGUGUAUUCAGCUUCUCAGUCCAUUUUCUCCCUGUUCAGUAGGCUAUUCAAUGUCUUUCUUGUUGGUUUUAGAGCUACGGUAGCUGAUCUAAAAUGUUGCUUCAUGAUACCUCUUAGCAUUUGUUAGGAGUUGGGACCGUAAAAUUUGCUGCAAAUAAGCAACAGUAUUUAGAAUAUUAAAAUGGACAACAUUA